CUCUUUCAUGCUAGUACAUCUCUGGACAGUUGUGUCCUGGCAGGCGAGCGCCAUACUGCGGCACAGCAGCGGUUCACCUCGUUUACGCAGUAGACUGUGUAGAGCAAACUGUGGGCACAUUUUGGAUAUAAAUGGAGGAUGUUGUAGCGUGUGGGAGUGUUUGGAAAAUAUAUUGUUAAAAUGGCGAAGGACCAAGAAGUCGAGCGCAUUGCUAAAAAGCUUGAUAAGAUGGUGAACAAGAAAAAUACGGAUGGGGCUAUUGAUUUGCUGAAGGAGCUGAAAAACAUGACGAUGUCUUUGGAAACGCUGCAGUCCACCAGGAUCGGCAUGUCGGUGAACGCAGUGAGGAAGCAGAGCUCCGAGGAGGAAGUGCAGAGUUUGGCCAAGUCCCUCAUCAAAUCAUGGAAGAAGCUGCUGGACGGUUCUGACGGCAAGAUGGAGAAGAAAAAGGACUCUUGCCCCCUAACGCCAUCCUCCAAUGACAGCCCAGGGUCUAGUGAUUGGAGUUCAAGCAAAACACAAGACAUCCCAAAGACUCCCACCACCCCAACCACCCCCACCACCCCGAAGUUCACCACCUUUCCCCCAGCCCCUGUUACCGCCGACAGCGUCCGCACCAAGUGCAGGGAGCUGCUGGUGGCGGCCUUGCAGACGGAUGAUGAUUACAAAACUAUUGGAGUAAAUUGUGAGGACUUGGCUGCACAGAUUGAAGAUUGCAUCUUCCAGGACUUCAAGUCCACAGACAUGAAGUACAAGAGUCGGCUGAGGAGCCGCAUCUCCAACCUGAAGGACCAAAAGAACCCAGAUCUGCGCCGGAACGUCCUCUGCGGGAACAUCUCUGCCGAGCGCAUCGCCACCAUGAGCGCCGAGGAAAUGGCAAGUGCUGAGCUGAAAGAGAUGAGGAAGGCCCUGACCAAGGAGUCCAUCCGUGAGCACCAGCUCUCCAAAGUGGGUGGCACAGAGACUGACAUGUUCAUCUGUGGGAAGUGCAAAGGGAAGAACUGCACCUACACCCAGGUGCAGACCCGCAGUGCUGAUGAGCCCAUGACCACCUUUGUGCUGUGUAACGAGUGUGGGAACAGGUGGAAGUUCUGUUAAGGUGUGGAAGAGUCCAGAUUCGUCCUCAAGCACUCACAUGGAUAGCACCGAAGGUUACUUAGUUAUAAUUGCAGAUUUCUUUCUUUUUUUUGUACAUAAAUAAUACAUUUAGAGUAUUAAGCACUGCAUAUAUUAAUAAGUUAAGGUUGUUAAUUUUAUUUUUAGUUGUUUUUCUUACUAAGAACAUGAAAUCUUGUAAAUAUUUUGUUGAUAUGAUUACUGUAACUUUAGAUCUGAUCAUGUAAGGUCUUGUUUUGGGUUUUUUGCGGGUGGGGGGAGGGAGGGGGGCAUUUUCUCAGAACGGUUAUUUUCCACUCAACAGCAGGUGCUGUUCACUGGGGUAUGAUAUGAAACUAUGAAGCACUGCAGUCUUAACUUGCAUACAUUACCUAUGCAUUUCUGUUGUGACCAAAUGAGCAUGAGAGUGUUCAUGCCAGAGUGCAGCAUUGUGCAAAAAGCAGUGAAAUGAGAAUUUGGCAACUAAAACUCUGUUUCGCCUCAGCCCCUCUUCAAAUAAUACAGAAUGGGGGAAGGUAGGGGCCAGAACAUGGAGGGUUUUUUUAUUUUUUUAUUUUUACAGAUUUAUAAUUUCUUCGCUAUACAUUUCAUUUUUACUUUUCUUUGAGGGGUUCAUGAAUUUCAUUAAAAUUAUGACAUAAGCUUGUAAGUUGCUUUGCACGCUUCUUUCUUCAUACGGUAGUUAAUGAAUAUAGUUGAGAGGGCUUGUGAAAAAUAACGGUAGCCUUAACUAGAAAGGGGCAUCCUCUUCUCUAAAGAAAUAAUUGCCUCACACUGCCUAGCUGCAGUGUACGCUAUGGAGGGGGUUGACAGGGUAACACUAGAUGGGAAGUUUGGAAUUUGCUUCUUAGACGCUGUAUCAUUUUCUGUGCAACUGUAUUUCCCCUUCUUCCUUUGAUAUCCUAAUUUAUAAAGUGUAUGUGGUAAUGUUGUCCCUUAACUUAAAGGAAGAUGAUCACAUGUGGCAGCGUGAUAGGAACAAAAACAUUAGUUGAAACUUGAAUGAAUCACCAAGAACCUUUUAUUGGUUGUAGAUAUGUACUAGAUCACUUGUCUUACACAAAUUGGCCACAAGAGGGUGUGUGUGGGUUUUAUGUAAAAAGGGUGAGAUUCCAGUGCCCUUGGAAAAUGCAUUAUUUCUUGAGUCAAUUUGUAUAUUAAAAAAACAAAAAAAAACCCUGCUGAUGAUGAAGUAAAGUACUCAUGAGGUGGGACUACAACAGUUUCUGGAAGGGAAUAAGGUCACUGAAUAGUUAUAGUGGGGGAUUCAUUCAAUUAUUUCUGUGUACAGAAGUACAAAUAUAGACUUGAUGUUCUCUACCUGUACAGUAAUUGGACAGACCUUGUUCUUGACGUAUGGUUCAAAAGCAGCAGUCAGUCUAGGCCCUUGUCACAGAGGUAGGGUUUGUGUGUCUGUAGAUACUAGUUUAGAGUGGGACUCAGGAGACCUACAGUAUGUGGAAAAAAAUAUAUUUUUUGUAUUUAUUUUGUAUAUGGGGGGUGAAUGAUGUUGGUCGUGCCUCCAGUUUUUCAACAAAGCCGCUUGCUCUAAAAGCCUCAAGCAACAUGCUGAUCACAUAUCUGUUUUCUUCCAAAUUUAGAUUCUUGCUCUCGCUCCAACACACAAGCACUCUGGGUUUUGAGAAUGCCCUGCAAGUCCACCCACAACACCAUUACUGGCAGAGAGCAGCCAGCAACAGCAGGAAUUUUCCCAAAAUAGAACUUGAGAACAUGUUUGGUUUACUUAGUUAUAAACUUUUUGUGUGCAACUUGUGGCACAGAAAAAUACAAAAUAGUUUGGAUAGAAGCAGUUGCUUUAACUAUUAAUUGUAUUGGUUCCUUUAAAAAUGAGUAAAUGUAGACAAAAUGUCAUCUUUCUUCAUUAUGGGGCUUCACAAACAUUUGUUACCCUCAUAUGAAUGCACAGGCUGGUGCUGGUGUGAAACAUCCGUCCAAAGUCAUCAUCAUUGAAGUGAACCAUGCCACCCACAAAAUAAAAGGAGUGUCAGAAGUAGCUGGAGAAAGGGACUUUUGAACCCCCCCCCCUCCCCCCCAAUGACCGAGUACACUCUUAUCAUUAAACAGCAAUAGCUCAGAAUGCAAGUGCUGGCAUGACUUGGAUGCUGUUCAGGGGGCAAUUCAAUUCUUAAUUACCUCUACCAUAAAUAAAUGUGCCGAGACGAGUUUAGACUGAGGAGAUUAGAAGCAAAGGCCUGCUAUGAUCAAAGUCAAACGGCAAUGGGCAGAUUAGGCCUCGGCCACCCCGUCUGAGAGCAAAUCGCCUAGUCCGUUUCAGCUGUUAUUGUUCAAACAGGAGAUCUGGUGGGGCUUAACUGUGGCUAAGCUCAAUACUUUUAUAAGUUAGCAGCACAAAAAAAAAAA